AUGCGAUCCCUUUCUUUCCUUGCCAUGCUGUACGCCACAGCUGCAGCCCUUCCCGCACUUCAGCCUGGAAAGCUCACAGGCGAUGCCAAGACUGAUUCUUCCGUUGACCCCGAUCUCGACCCCGCGUUCCUAACCGGGACAAUCAGCACCUUGUUUGAAGCUACCUGUCACAACAUCUGCAUGAAGAUGUUCCCCAAACCUGGGAAGGGGCGCGAUAAGUGCAUGAGCAUCUGUCAUCAUAACCAUGACGACUCAUCUCACGGUGGCAUGGAAGACGGAAUGUAG